AUGUCUGCGUUAAUAUAAGUUUGUUUAGACACGUUGGCUUUUGAUUAAAUUGAAGAAAUAGUUUUGAUUAAUGGAUAACCUUCAAUUUAAUUGAUCGUUUAUACACCAUUUAGUUAAUAUUGUUUUGAAAGUAAUUAAAUUGAUAAUAAAAGGCAAUAAACCCAUUAAGGAAUUUUAUGAUUAUGUGUAACAUAUUCAAAAACAUGGUUUUAUGUUAUUAAGUCUAGAUAAAACUUAAAUUGAUCUACUACAGUCUGUGAAAGAUAAACAAAAAACCAUCAUUGCAAUUAAUAAAUUAAUAGAUGAGCUCUUAUAUAGAAGAGAUCUAAUUACAAAACAAAGAGUAAAUAAUUAUUUUUAUUUAGAGACUAUCAACCUGUUGGGCUUGAAUUAAUAAAUAGAAGUUUAUUCAUAAAAGAAAGCCUUGGUAAAUUUUCAUUUAUAUAUAAGAAUAGAUUCCUAACAAUUUAAUUGGAUUCAAAGUAAUUGAUUCUCAUCUUACUGUGUCAUAAAUUUUAAUUGUUAAUUAGUACUUGAUUGUGACAUUAGAAAAUUAGAGUUAAUUAUAAAAAUUUGGUAAAAUUUGGAAUUUGAUUGAACCUGAAAUAAUGGGAUAAAUGAUUGUAUUUUUAAUAGGAGAAACUGCUCCUUUCUAAAAAAUUUAUGAAAAAUAUUUUAGUUUUAAACUAUUUUGUGUGGAAAAUGGUAAUUUUAAAUUAAAUCAUUAGUCGAUGAUAAACUUAUAGUAGGUACAUGUUAAGGAAUAUUAAUUAUAUACUCUAUAACAGGAAAUUUAAUUUAAGAGAAAGGUAAUAUUUAGGUUUUAACAUCUCCUAUAUAUAAAAUCCGGAAUUUUAAUUAAGAAAUUUAUCUUAUAACAGAUAGUUAAGUCAAGAUAUUGGAAUAAUAGAAUUUUGAAUUGAUAGGAGGAGGAAGUCUUAAAAACAGAUUAUAAGCAGCAUGGAUUACUUGUUUAAAUUUUGAUAAUAAAGAUAAAUUAUUGUUUUUAGGUAUGAAAUAAAAUAAAUUGUAGGAACUUCUUAAGGAUUCAUUUUAGUAUAUAAACGAACUGAAAAACUAGAAUUUCUAAAUUAAAUUAAUUUUAAUGUAAAUACUUCAAUUAAAUGUAUGUAAAUUAUUGAAAAUUAUCUAUAUCCAUGUACUGAAAAUGGAGUAGCUAUAUUGCAAAUGAUUUACAAAGAUAAUUAGUUUUAAUAUUAGGAAAAAACUGCAUUUGCAAGUUAAUUGAAAUUAGUUGGGUUUAAAAAAACUGAAACCUCUGUAUUUGGAUUUACUUAGUGUGGAUUAAUAGUUUAAUGGAAUCCAGAAAAUGGUCAAAUGAAUUAAGCUUACAAAAUAGAUAAGAAUUGUUUAUUUGGAUUACAUUAUUAAAAUUAAAUAUUUAUUGUAACAAGUGAAUCAAUGAUUUAUAUAGUUAGUUUUUUAUGA